GUCUCUUCCCCCCACCCAAGCUGACCCCCCCCUUCUUCUCUUUUCCCCGGAGUCUUUCUUUAUUCUUUUCUUCCUAAAUGCGUCUCCGUUGGAUUAAACUCCUGAGCCUGAUGGUGGGGCUGACGGUGUCUGCCGUCUUCUACAGCCACUACUACACUUCCCUGGUGACCUCCAGCAGACAAGUGGACCCGGAGCAGGAUUGGCUGCUGCACCAGAAGAGCAGAAUUUCCCAAGAAUCUACAGAGAAAGCUGCCAGAGAACAUGCCGGAAACCUUCAGCCAGGACCCGUUCCUCAGCCCAUUUCCAAGGGGUCAAAUGAGAGCCAACAUAACAAGGAGAUGGAUCAGAAAAGGGACAGUGAGAAGAAAACGGCGGUGAUGGAGAUACAGUCUGAUGUCAAGCCAACCCCCAAGCCAGUUUGCCCCACGUCUCUACGGUUCCGCGUGCAGAAUGACUUAUAUUUCAAAAAGCUCUUCGAUUUCGACGUCCCUGUGCUCAUGUGGGACGUUCACCUCACCGAGGACACCAAGAAAAACCUUAGCCAGAGACCAGUGCCAUAUGGCUGGAAAGAUCUACCCCUGGAAGACAUCACCUCCACGUUACAGCUACUUAACGAUUCGGCCAACCAGAACCUGUUUGACUGGCAGCCUCCUAAGGGAUGUGUUCGCUGCGCGGUGGUGGGAAACGGGGGGAUCCUGAACGGUUCCCGGAAGGGGAAGGAGAUCGAUGCGCACGACUAUGUUUUCAGGCUGAACGGUGCGGUGAUAAAAGGAUUCGAGGAGGAUGUUGGCACAAAAACUUCAUUUUACGGUUUCACGGUCAACACCAUGAAGAAUUCUCUGAUCGCCUACAAUGAAUACGGCUUCACGGAAACCCCCAAAGGGCAGGCACUUCGAUACAUCUUUAUACCAUCAGACAUCAGGGACUACGUCAUGCUACGUUCCGGCAUUUUAGGAGUCCCCAUCCCAAGUGGUGCCGACCUAGGAGAUAAGCCUUCUGCGUAUUACGGGCCCGAGGCCAAAGCAAAGAAAUUUAAACUCCUUCACCCGGACUUUCUCCUCUACACCAGAGACAGAUUCUUAAAGUCGAAUAUAUUGAAGUCAGAAUAUGCGCACCUGUAUAUGCCCAGUACUGGAGGACUGAUGCUACUGUCUGCACUACACACCUGUGAUCAGGUCGAUGCCUAUGGAUUCAUCACCAAGAAUUACAGCCAGUUCUCCGAUCAUUACUUUGAAAAAACCAAGAGGGAGCUUGAAUUCUACGCCAACCACGACAUGAUCAUGGAAAUGCACUUGUGGAGCAAACUCCAUCAGAAAGGAAUCAUGACUUUGUACCAACGAUGAAGAAAUGGGGGGGUUCUGCCCAUAUGGACUUGUGAGAAUAUGGAGGCCGGAUUCUUCCAAGAUCUAAAGGACUUACUGCGAUGUGGCAACAAAUACAUACAACACCGCCAUCCUCCGAAAUUAUUUUACGGUUCCUACACAGAACUUGGAUUCAUCUUUAACCACUUUAAGAUAAAAUGUGAUAUUAAAGGGGUUGUCCGGGAAAAAAGCUUUUUUUUAUAUAUCUCAACUGGCUCCAGAAAGUUAAACAGAUUUGUAAAUUACUUCUAUAAAUAAAAUAAAAAAUCUUAAUCCUUUCAGUACUUAUGAGCUGCUAAAGUUGAGUUGUUCUUUCCUGUCUAAGUGCUCUCUGAUGACACCUGUCUCGGGAAGUGUCCAGAGUAGAAGCAAAUCCCCAUAGCAAACCUCUUCUACACUGUGCAGUUCCCGAGACAAGCAGAGGUGUCAGCAGAGAGCACUGUGGCCAGACAGAAAAGAACAACUCAACUUCAGCAGCUGGUAAUUAUUGGAAGGAUUAAGACUUUUUUAAUAGAAGGAAUUUACAAAUCUGUUUAACUUUCUGGAGCCAGUUAACCUGGAAUACCCCUUUAAAAUACUUUAUAAUGUGAUUCGGCGAGGCCUCAGAAAUGGUCUCGGAGCUGCCAAACAGGUAUUUCCUUCUUCUUUUUCUCGAUAAUUCGGGUGUGUUUUUUUUUUUUUUUUUUUUUUUUUAUCUUAACAAAACAAUCUCUAGGUCAAUAAUCUACUAGACAUGAUUUCCAGCUCCAAGAAAAUUCUUUAGUUAUGUGCAAAAUAAUUAAUCAAUGACAUUUAUGAGUUGGGCUCCAUUCUGGGGGGGGUGCAUUCCGCACAACAAGCCGGAGCUAGGACCGCUCGGAUUCUGCAGAAAGAAUUUAUGUGUCAAUUUUAAAUUUUUUUAGUAUCUGAAUUUAUGCAGCAGAUGUUUCUGUCGUGGAAAUUACGUCACGUGGACGGUGCAGCAGAUUCCUAUGGGAGUCUGCUGCACUGGAAUUUCCAUGGAAUGGGGCCUUAAAAGGGGUACUCCGGUGGGAAAAAAAAAUUCAAAAUCAACUGGUGCCAGAAAGUUAAACAGAUUUGUAAAUGA